CAUGAAUAAGUGGAACAAUAGGAAAAAUCGGAAAAAAUAUAUCACAAAAAAGUCUACGAAGAGAGAAGAAUCAAAUGAUGACGACCAAUCCUCGAAUGUUUUCCAUGCAUUUCCGAUAAAUUCAAUAAUUUAUCCUGAAAAUAGUCAGCAAGAGAGCUUGUGAGAAAACCUCAAACAGAAGUUGAAGAGGAAUAUUAUUAAUACCUCUCAAUAUGCCCCUCAUAGAGCUGGCAAGCUCUGCAUUAGUAGCUGAGGAUCUCUCCCAGACAACUUAUAA